GAGCUCCAUAUGAGCAACGAAAUACUCCUCGUCGUCGCGACACACAAAUCUUAAGAUAAGCCAAAAGCCAGAACGCAUAUGUUGCGAGUUGUGACCAGAUAACACAAAAAAGGAAUAUGUGAUUCUGAAUUCCUCAAUCACUACGUGCAACCACUAAUUUCCACAUCUUUUUGUGUACACAAUCUUACCCAAAACUCUCUACAAAGUACAAAAUCUAAAGUCUUACCACUUUCUCCAUUUUCACCCCCAAAAUUCAAAAACAUGCCACCACCAAAUCACUAACAUGCCCCACCAACCACCACCGCAACAACCACCGUCAAAUCCAACGGUCACAAAUCAACUAACGAAAUCUGCUAACUUACCCGACUUUCUCCUCACCGCACUCUCUCUCUUCCUUUUCAUCACCGCCCCCAAACACCACCUUCCUCCGCGCGCACUUUCUCUCUCCUCCCCUCCUUCCUCAACUAAUCGUCGCUUUAUUCGUCUAACUUCCACAAUGUCCCAAAAUUUCAACUCAAACCCUAACCCUAAUUUUAAUUUCCGCGCUUUUCCGACGCCUCAGUCUCUCUCCGAUUGGCUUAAACCAAGAUUACCCUCUGAUUCAUUUGCUUCUUGGGGAACAAAACCCGGCACAAAAAACGUCCAUAAUCUUUGGCUUGAGCUUGCAGAUGGUGAAACUUCACUCGUCGAUGAAGUUCCCCCAAUUCGUAAUUUGGAGGUUGUUUGUGUUAGAAUUUUGGGUAGAAAUAACAAAUUGUUGAUUGAGUCUCAUCAGGAGUUAUCUGAUGGGUCGAUACGUAAAAGGGAUCGUCCUUUAUCGGAGAAAUUGAAGUCUGGUGAGGAUAUAGAAGGUGCUGUUAAACGGGCGAUUAAAGAGGAAUUGGGGUCUUUGAUUUUUAGGGUUAAUGAUAAUGAAGAGAAGAAUGUGGAUUUUGAUGAGAUUGUAAGGGUUGUGAUGGAUUCAUAUGAGAAGAAGGUUGAAGAGAGGGUUUCGUUGUCGUACCCGGGUUUGCCGGCUUGUUAUGUGUUGCAUAUAGUGGAUGCUUUUGUGGAGGGGUUGCCUGAGGAUGAGUUUGUGACUGAGGAGGGGAUGGAGUAUGAAGGUUUUGAUAGUAGUGGGUUUGCUGAUGAGGCGGUUGCUGUGAAGAAGCAUUUUUGGAAAUGGGUUGAUAUUGAUUCGUUGUGAUACUCCGGUGAGCAAGAUACGAAACCAUCGAAUACGAGGAAACCAGGGUGUGGUCAUUGCUUGUGGGGGACUUGCUUGUUUCAUUCUGUUGGUGGGAUUCAACAAUUGUUUUUUCUCCAUGGGCUAUAUAUCUCACCCGGACAGGUGAUUGUAAAUCUACUUAAUCACUGUGCGGUGGGUUCUUUGAGUUCCCUGGACGUAUCUGAUCUUGCAUCCGCAUAGCCUUUGAUCAGUGAUUUUGUUGUUCCUUGCCAAAUCAAGUUUUCAGCUUCAAGGAAGUAAAGGGGUUAUGCAUAGGCAGGGAAGUGUGAUUGAUAAAUUUUCCCUGUCAUAAAUUGGUGAAAUUGGAGGUCAUUACAAUAAUUGCAUAAUGCUCUUUGCUGGUUGAAUGGAUUCUUGAUGCACCUUAAAUAUCUUUCAAUUUUGGCAAUAAAGAGUAGAAAAGAAAAAAAUUAUUGAACAGAUCAUAUGUGCUAGCAUGAUACUCCCGAGGAUGUGAAUUGCAGAUUGCUGAUAUAAAUGCAUAUUUGCAUAUAUGUAUUUUUGGUGGUUUAAUACUUGUUAAAUAGUGAAUUCAUUUUGAGUUAGCACUUAGAGGCCGGUUUUCUCGUGCUCUAUUGUCUCCCGAGGAUGUUAUGCAGUUAAGUAUUUUUUUUUUAAAAGAAAAGGUAAGGAGAAUUUCCUUGCAAAAAGAGGGGAAACUGGGAAUCUUUUUUGCAAGGGGGUGAGUAUCGAACCCCUAUCACAAGGGUGGAAGGAGGGUUGAUCCUCACUUAUACUGAAGUAAAUGCUGAAGUUAGAGUUAAUAUAUUUGAAUGCGGCUUGAAAACUUCAAGUUUGUAUCUCUUCCACUUAUAUCUAGUAUAAGUAUAUAGAUUUGCAGUUUCAACUUUCAACUACAAGCAAAUCAUAUGUAUCUGGCCUUGGUGGGCUUUCUAGAUGUCUAGAUGUAUAUAAAAUACUCUAGUCAGUAGAUAGUGCAAACCUUGCUUUAGAAAGACUCGCAUAAUUGCGAAGUUGUAACUGUGUAUAUAAUAAUCACCAAAAUAUAGCGAGGCAAUAAGCCAUUUAUGAUAAUAGUAUAUUAGUAUUACAAGCUUUUGUGGUGCAUAAAAAAUUUAAAACUAAGAUGGUUUUUUGAUGUAUCUCUAUAACUUAUUUUGUACCUAUAUCUUUGGAUACACUAGUAAUUUAAAUUAAACACUGCUUUUAAUAGCACUGCUGUACCCACUGUCAUAUGCCUUUGACCAUAGCAUGACUCCUCCAUAUUUAGCAGAACCCUUGAUAGUGGGAAGGACUUGAGAUGUAAGAGCAUCUGCUGGAAUAAAACCACUGCCGGCAGCAUCAGUUGAUGCUGGUAGUCCGAGGAAGAUCUGGUUAGCUUGUACUGUAGUCCACUGGUUCCACGAGCUCAAGAGAUUAUCAGCGCUGGUAUCAUAUUGACAAGGGGGGUUGUUGUAGAACUGAACCCAUACAUAGUCGAAUAGGCCUGUGGCUAUGGCAGUGCUUAAGCUGGCAUCUGGGAAGGGACAUUGAGGAGCUGCUGAUAAGUACACUGUUUUCUGACCAUUGUUAUGACCUGCCAAUGCUCUAGCUA